AAGAAAUGGUACUUUGUGGGCGGAAUUUCCUGUGAUCCUGUAUUUUGUGUCAAAUUCACAAAGGCGGAUUAAACGCCUGGUAUCAGGAUACAAAUAGAGUCGCAGCUGGCGAGAUCGGAGCUUGUCGGGGAUGUUUUCGUAAGGACAAGACACCGAGAAUACUUAACGUCACCCUUCAGCAAAAACUGUUCCCCGCGGCCAACCACUACACUACCUUUGAUGAAGAGCGAUAUACUCCACCGAUUUCUUUCUGGUGACUGGAGUUUAUCCCAAAAUGGCCAGCCGCCACCUGGCUAAUCUGUCCCACGCGUGGGAGAAGUACGUCGAAUCCAGGGCACGUGGAGCCGAUCCAAAGGUCACUCUGCAGCGUCUGGAGCACUUCCUGUCCUUGUUCCACUGGGCCCGGCACCUCCAGGGCCCCGACAACAAGGAUGCGCUCAAGUUCUGCUCCGAUAUGAGCGGGGCCAGUAACACGCUCGCGCGGGAGUUCCUGACGGACGUGCACCAGCUGUGCAGCGCGGUGGCGCAGCGCGCCGAGGAAGAGGAGGAGGAAGAGGAGAGCCACAUGCUGGUGCUGGGGGAGUACCUGGUGAAGGGCCAGGGAUACCUGCUCCUCAGCACGCUGGAGUCCGUCAUAGACCAGGAGCUGACCUGCAGAGAGGAGCUGCUCACGCUGCUGCUGUCCCUCUUGCCGCUGGUCUGGAGAAUACCUGUGCAGGAGGAGAGAGCGCCAGAUUUCACAUUGCCUCUGAUCGCCGACGUCUUCUUCAUCCGCGAGGGCAGGGGAGUGCCUCCCAUAAGACCGGGGCAGGAGAGGGAGGCCUCCGACGCACAGGAUGCUGGGAAACGUAGUUCGGGCAGCUGGAAGGCUCGGCGGCAGCGGCGGGCGGCCCAGCGCUACUCCGUGAGAGAUGCGCGCAGGUCCCAGCUCUCCACCUCCGACUCGGACGCCAACUCCGACGACAAGUCCGGCGGCCCCGGCGCGAAGCACCGCCGCUCGCACGGCCCGGCGAACGUCCCGGCCAACUGCCACCAACCCACGCCGCCCGCCGCCGCCGCCGCCGCCUCCACCGACGCCAUGAGCGCCCUGGAGAGGGCCGAGCCGCAGCCCCGCCCCCCGCGGCUCUUCGGCGGCCCCCAGGGGCCCGGCUCCUCGUCCCACGCGGAGGCCCCCGGCGAACCCGCCGCCCUCUCGGCCGUGGUGCGCUCCGACAACUCGCCCUUUGACCUCUGCCGCGUGCUGCUGUCCCUGCUGGAGAAGGUGUGCAAGUUCGACACGGCGCUCAACCACAACCCGGGGCUGGCCGUGGGCGUGGUGCCCGUGCUCACCGAGAUGCUGACCGAAUUCGGGGACUGCUGCGGGCCGGGGGGCGGGGCCGGGGGCGGGGCCGUGGACCUGGCCCGCGGCUGGACGGAGGAGCCCGUCGCCCUGGUCCAGCGGAUGCUCCUGCGCUCCGUGCUGCACCUGAUGUCCCUGGGCGUCGGCCAGGGGGAGGCGCUGCCGGACCACCUGCGGCAGAACCUGGCGGACCUGCUGCGGGCCACCCUGAAGAUCCGCAGCGGCCUGGAGCGGCAGGCCGACCCCUUCGCCCCGCGGCCCAAACGGACCGUGCAGGAGGUGCGGGACGACUUCUCCUUCUCCCGGAGGCUCCACCGCGCCCUCCUGCUGCCGGAGCUCCUGGAGGGGGUCCUGCGGGUCCUGCUGGGGUGCCUCCAGGCCUCCGCGCCCAACCCCUUCUUCCUGGGCCAGGCGGUGGAGCUGGUGCAGGAGUUCGUCCGCCACCGCGGGCUGGAGCUGCUGGAGGCGGCCGUGCUGGGCCUGGAGGCCCCCGGGGGCCCCCGGGACACGGCGGUGGAGGCCCAGGCCGGGGACCGGGCCCGGGCGCUGGUGGGCGGGGUGGUGCGCAUCGUCAGCGCGGUGAAGAAGGCCAAGGCGGAGCAGCUGCACCAGUCGGUGUGCGCGCGGCGGCGCCACCGCCGCUGCCAGUACUCCCACUUCCUGCACCACCACCGCGACCUCUCGGGCCUGCCCGUCUCCGCCUUCCGCCGGGCCUCCCGCCGCAACCCCUUCGAGGACGAGGAGGGCGAGGGGGCGGAGGAAGAGGAGGAGGGGACGCCGUACCCCGAGCGCUGCUGCUGCCUGGCGGCCUGCUGCCACCGCUGCCUGCGCCUCCUCCAGCGCCUCCCCGCCGGGGGGCCCGCCUCCCUGGAGAUCCUGGCGGGCCUGCAGGCGGUGGGGGUGUGCUGCUGCAUGGACCCCCGCUGGGUGGUGGGGCCCCUGCUCUCCGCGUUUCGGGCCCCGGGCCUGCGCCCCUACCAGGCCCACGUGCUGGCCGUCCUGUCCCGGCUCGUCCUGGAGCAGCUGGGCGGCGGGCAGCUCUCCGAAAGGGCCCGGCAGGCCGCCUGCAACAUCUGCUCCGUGGACAGCGGCAGCCUGCUCCCCGGCCUGAGGGAGGCGCUGGGGGGCGUCGCCGGCCCUGCCCCCUCCCCCUCCCCCUCCUCUCUGGGCCCCGCCUGCCGAGGCCCGGCCCAGGGCGUGCUGGCCGACCGGGAGGCGGACGACGCCCUGUGGAAGUGGGAGGCGCUGCGGGCGUACCAGGAGCUGGCGUUUGGGGAGGACCCGCAGCUCGCCCUGCAGACGGCCGGGCACGUGUGCCAGCUGGUCGUCCGGGGCAACGCGGCGGUGCAGUGGCAGCUGUACGCCCACGUCUUCGGGCCUGCCCUGCAGAGGGGCGUCGACCUGGCCCACUGCGCCCACGAGCUGGGCGGCUCCGCCCCGCCCCCCGCCCAGGCCCUGCCCGUGGAGGUGCUGCAGGUGUACCUGCAGACCCUACCUGCGCUGCUCAAGUCCAGGCUGAUCCGGGACCUGUUCCUCAGCUGUAACGGGCUGAACCAGGUGACCGAGCUGAUGCACCUGGACCAGGUGCGCUCGUCCGCGCUGAAGGUGUUCGAGACGCUGAUCCUCAGCCUGGGGGCGGAGCAAGGGCCGGAGGGGGAGGAGCCCGAGGCGGAGCUGGACUCGGGGACCCGGGGGACCGGGGAGGGCCCGCAGAGCCUCAGCAAGUUCUACGAGGGCCUGAAGGAGGCCUGCCCGAGGCAGAGGGGCUGCAAAUCCGGGGCGGGGCACGGCAGGGGCGGGGCCGGGGCCCACCUGAACGCCAUCAACCUCUUCCUGUGCGUGGCCUUCCUGUGCGUGAGCAAGGAGGCGGACUCGGACCGCGACUCGGCCAACGACUCGGAGGACACCUCGGGCUACGACAGCACGGCCAGCGAGCCGCUGGGAGCGCGGCUGCCCCGCCUCUCGCCCGACAGCGUGGCCCUGCCCUCGCGGGAGCAGGUGCGCCGGGCCGCCGACGUCUGGGCCGUCUGCCGGGGCAUCUACCUCUCCAGCGCCGUCUUCCAGCGGCAGUUCCACAAGCUGGGCGGCCUGGAGGCCUGCUCCCGGCUGCUGGCCAUGGUCAUCCAGAUGCUGGCCUCCAAGACCAAGGAGGGAAAGGGGAAGAAGAAGAGGGAGGCGAAGGGGAGACCGGCGGGGCCGGCGCACCACGACCCCCCCGGCCUCGAUCCGGCGCCGGGCCAGGGCGAGGCAGACCCUCCGGAGCCCAGGGGAAAAGACCCGGCCAGGAGGCUGGAGGAGGAGUGGCCUCUGCAGAGCAUCCGGCUCCUGGAGGCCCUGCUGUCAAUCUGCCUGCACAGCUCCGCCUCCAGCCUGCAGAGCGUCGACCCUCAGCUCUCCUUCCAGCUGCAGUCUGUGGAUGAGACCGUGGGGGAGGUGAGGGACCAGUUGUCCCGCUCGGGGGUGGUGACCUCUGACCUGGCCGUCCCGCUCUUCGACUCCCUGCUCCGCGUGGCUCUGGCCGAAACCCGCGCCGGGCCGGACGCCCCGGAGGAGAGGAUCGACCGGCAGAAGCUCCAUUCAGACGAGGGGGCGGUGCCUGCACCCGAGAGCCUAUCGCAGGACGCGGACGAUCCGGAAGAGCGUGUCAUCUGGCUGCCGGGGGAGGAGGGGUACGAGGCCGACAGCGAGAGCAACCUGGAGUGCACCGCCAACCGGGAAGAAGGUGCCGGAGCGGAGGCGGGGCCAGCGGCGGAGCGAGCGCUGGGGACGGGGCCGGAAGGUUCUGGAAGCCGGGAGCUCCUCUACCCGGAAAUCUGCGCCAUGGAGCUGCAGCUGCUGUCUGCCGGGGGGGCGGAGCCCGAGGUGCUGACCCACGUCUUCAGGAGCCUUCUGGAGACGGUCCGGGCCAACCCCCACAACGCUGCGCUGCUCUACGGACAGGGUGCUGUGAAGACCAUUUUGGGGGGCUUUCAGUCCAUCCUGAGCCAGACAGACUCCCCCUCUGAAGAAUGCCAGGCCGUGCUGGUGGAGCUGCUGGUUGCCAUGGUGAGCGUACGCAUCACUGCGGAGGAGCUGGCCCUGCUCGUCCGGCUGUUCCUGGAGAAGGCCCCGCCCACGGAGAUCCUCCUGAAUGGGUUGCUGCGCAUCGUGGAGGCCAACAUGGACAUGGAGCCGCUGCACUUCCUGUCCUUCCCCCUGUGUCCUCCAGGGGGCGCCCCCAGCCCCGGCGGUGGCGGCGGCUCCUCCUCGCUCUCCCCGGGUCCCAGGCCAAGCGGGGCGGGGGGCGGCAGGGCCGCGGGGCAGGGUCGGAGAGGGGGGAAGCUGUCCCCGGGCGAGGGGGGAGAGACCCCCCCACACCUGCUGACCUCGCCCUGGCACGUGGCCCCCAUCCACCUGCCCCUGGUGGGGCAGAACUGCUGGCCCCACAUGGCCGACGGGUUCAGCACCUCGCUCUGGAUGCGGCCCCGGGGCGGGGCAGAUGACGAGGGGCUCGCAGAGAAGGGCAGGAGGCUCAGGAGGAGGGCCGGAGUGCUCCGGGACAGCAGUGUGGACAGUUUAGAGGGAGGGAAGCAUUCGGGAUUGGACAGCCUGCCCCCGGCUGGUUCGGGGGACCCCCUGGUGGAGGAGGGGUAUCUCCACGUGGUCUCCAUGGGCUCCAAGGCCCUGAUGCUCCAGGUGUGGGCCGACCUGAGCACCGGCACCUUCACCUUCAGGAUGUGCAUCGACCCUAACGACGAGAUGAGGGCGGGGCUCCUGGCGCAGGUGGAGUCUCCGAAGGGCCUGCUGGAGCCGGACAGGUGGCAGCACCUGGCCUUCACCUACUCCCAGCAUGCCGAGGGGAAGAAGCACGUCCAGGGGACGCUGGCGCUCUGGGUGUGCGGCGUGAGGAGGUGCGAGGUCUCCCUGGACUACACGCUCCCCAGGAGGUCCAGCCUCUCAUCUGACAGCAACAAGACCCUGUGCAUGCUGGGACAUCACGCCCACACGGCGGAGGACCUGGCGAGGCUGGGGGGUCGCUGGGACAUCGGCAGCCUGCUGCUUUUCAAUGGGUCCAGAGUGGGCUCAGAGGAGGCCUUCUACCUGUACGCCAGCGGCCCCGACUUCACCUCCAUCAUGCCCUGCAAGUACGGCAAGCCCAAGGAAAAGUUCUCCAAGUACGUCACACGGGACGGCCUGCAGUGCGAGCAGGUCCGCCACCUCCUGAUGAAGAACAAGGAGGUGGACACCAGCCCGCUAAUCGAGAGCCUGGCGGUGGUGUACGCCCCCAGCUGCCCGGGACAGUACACCAUCUACGAGCCCAUCAUCCGGCUGAAGGGCCAGGCCAAGAUGGUGGCCACGCAGCGGCCCUUCAGCUCCAAGGAGACGCAGAGCUGCUCCCUGGAGCCCCAGCUCCUCCGGGCCCUGCGCCCCGCCGAGCCCCUGGGCCUGCAGAGCGUCCUGCACAAGAUCGGCGGCACGGGGACCUUCGUCUUCCUCUUCGCUCGGGUAGUGGAGCUCACUGACUGUGAGAGGACCCAGGCCCUGGCCCUGCAGGUGCUCCUGUCUCUGGUGAAGUACAACCAGCACCGGGUCCACGAGAUGGAGAGCUGCCACGGGUUCUCCAUGAUCCACCAGGUCCUCAUCAAGUCCAAGUGCAUCGUGGGAUACCACAUGCUCAAGACCCUGCUGGACGGCUGCUGCAGUGGGCAGCUCCUGGCCCUGGGGGAGGACGGGGAGUUCCACCUGGACACGGACUCCAGCGCCGUGGUGCAGGACCUCAGGCUGAUGUCCGAGAUCCUGCUGGACUGGAAGAUCUGGGCCAAGGCUCAGAGCGGCGUUUGGGAGACCCUGUUGGCGGCGCUGGAGGUGCUGAUCCGGGUCCACCACCCCCAGCAGAUGUACAACAUCCGGCAGCUCCUCAACGCCCAGGUGGUCCAUCGCUUCCUGCUCACCUGCCAGGUGCUCCAGGAGCACCGGGACGAGCACCUGUUCUCCAUCCCCCAGGAGGUCUGCCUCUCCUUCAUCAAGAUCAUACAGGAAGUGCUGGGGUCCCCGCCUGACCUGGACCUCCUACGCCUGGUCUACAACUUCCUACUGGCUGUGCACCCCCCAACCAACACCUACGUUUGCCACACCCCCAGCAACUUCUACUUCUCCCUGCACAUUGACGGUAAGCUGUACCAGGAGAAGGUGCAGUCGCUCAUGUUCCUGAGGAACUCCAGCAGCGGGGGGCGGUCGGCGGGCAGCUCGGUGGUCUCCCUGUCACCCACGGGCUUCACAGAGCCCCACCCUGAAGAUUUGGCUCUGAACCACACCCCAGAGCCGGAGGGAGGGGGUCAGUCGCUGAGGCCCCCCAGUUUCACCCCCUCGCCCUGCUGCUCCCCGCCGCACCCCGCCGAGGGGGCGGAGCCGGGGCCGGCGACGCCACGGCAACGGGCCCAGCAGGGCAGCACGGAGACGCUGAGGCGGAGCUGCGAGGAGCCGCUCCUGAGCAGCUGCGAGUCGGCCAAGACGCUGUGCGACUCCUGCCCCCCGAACACGCCCUCCAUCAGCGUGGAGGAGGAGCCGGAGGAGGAGGGGGAGGAGCCCGAGGGCCGGGCGCCGGGGGAGGCGGGGCCGGAGAGCCCCGGCGACGGGAGCGGCGAGGAGCGCUCGGACUCGGCCGGCGACGAGGCCCUCCGUCGGCCCGACAGCCUGAAGGGGAUCCAGUCCUUCCAGAGGAGCCAGAGCAACCUGGCCAGCCUGGGGCUGGCCUUCCCCGCGCAGAACGGCAGCCUGGCCAUCGGCCGCUGGCCCAGCCUGGCCGACCGCGCCAGCGCCCUGCCCGAGGACUGGGAGAGCUACACCUUCUCCCCCGGCUACGAGAGGGCCCGCAGCAAGGCCGACUCCACCGACAGAUCUUGUGCAGAGGACUGCUUGGUGCUGGUGUGCUGUGGUCUGUAUGACCUGUUGAGGGGAGUCCUGCUGCUCCUCCCUGACCUCAUGCUGGAGGAGGUGAUGGACAGGCUGGUCCAGCCUGAGGCGCUGAUCGUCCUGGUCAACCACUCCUCCCCGCUCAUCCAGCAGGGCGUGAUGAAGCUCCUGGACGCCUACUUCAGCCGCGCAGUGAAGGAGCAGAAGGAGAGGUUCCUGAAGAACCACGGCUUCUCCCUGCUGGCCAACCAGCUCUACAUCCACCAGGGCAGCCAGGGCCUGCUGGAGAGCUUCCUGGAGAUGCUGUUCGGCCGGCCUGUGGGCCUGGAGGAGGACCUGGACAUGGAGGACAUGGACAGCAUUAACCCGUUCAGGAAGCGCUGCAUCAUCCCGGUGCUGGGGCUGAUAGAGAACUCUCUGUACGCGAGCUCGCUGGUGCACAACGCCCUGUGCGUCCUGCAGCAGCUGCUCAACACCUGCCCCAAGCUGGGGGACAUCCUGCUGGACCACGGCCUGCUCUACGUGCUCCUCAACACGCUGGCCACCCUCAACGGCCUGGAGAACGGAAUUCCUCUGGACGACUACAAGCUCCUGGUUUGCGCCAUCCAGCAGCUUCUGGUGGCUGUGACCAUCCACUCCUGCAGCUCCUCGGGGUCCCAGUACUUCCGCAUCAUCGAGGACCUGAUCACCCUGCUGGGCCACCUGCAGACCAGCAAGAUCCGCCGCACGCAAGAAAUGGCAGUGGCCCUGCAGUUUCGGGUCCUCCAAUCAGCCAUAGAGUACAUCCGGAGCACGGCCAAUCAGGACCCUCAGAAGCUGGGCAGCUCCGUGCAUCUGUCCACCCCGCCCCACCACGCCCUCCAACAGAAACGCAAGAGCAUCGCAGGCCGGCGCAGGUUCUCCCUGGUGCCGUCGGACUCCCUGCUGACGCGCAUGCGCUCGGUGGCGGGCGACGAGCUGACGCAGAUGAUGCAGCGGCGCAUGAGCCAGGAGAACCCCAUCAGGGCCAGCGAGUCCGAGCUCAUCCAGCGCCUGCAGCGCCUGGUGGUGCUGGCCGUCAACCGCCUCGUCUACCAAGACGUGAGCCAGGAUCUGUUUGAUCUGCUGAACAUUCCGGAAUCCCCCUCCCACCGCUCGGCUCCCAGCAGCCCCCGGGAGGCGGGCAGCGAGGAGAACGGAGCCCCGCCCCCUCCCGCCAACAUCAGGGGCUUCCAGAAGGAGGUCCUCAAACUCAUGAUGGAGGGCAUUAAGGUCGGCCUGGGCGGGUCCAGCAGGGGCGGGGCCCCGCGGCAGCAGUGGAGGCGGAUCCUCUGGUCGUGCCGGGACACGUUCCGGCUGCAGAUUGGCCGGCUGCUGGUGCACAGCCUGAGCCCCGCCCGGCCGCUGGAGGACCGGCGGCAGGCGCUGGAGUUCGUGUGCGAGCCCAGCCACCCGGACAUCCUGCGCGAGAGCAUCAGCCCCAGCCUGGAGCACGGGCCCAAGCUGGCCCUCUACCUGUACCUGCUCCUGCAGGAGCACAAGGCCAGCCUCACCGAGGAGGAGCAGAUGGCGGGGAGCGUGUUCAUGACCUCCCUCAAGCUCUGCGGCCACCGCUGCCUCCCCCUCAACGCCCCGCCCAAACCCGACCUGGUCAAAACCAUGAAAGAGGAGCAGUUGAAAUACGAGGCGGACGAAGGCGCGAACAAGUCAUCGUGGGAGAAGAAGAUGGUGAACACUCAAAAGAGUCUGUUGCAGAGGCUGGAGGGGAAGUCGAAGGACAUCUCCAAGAUGGCGGCGGACAUCACGCAGAACGUGUCGCUGCGGCAGGGCAUGGAGAGGAAGAAGGUGAUCCAGCACAUCCGCGGCCUGUACAAGGUGGACCUGAGCGCCAGCCGCCACUGGCAGGAGCUGGUUCAGCAGCUCACCCACGACCGGGCGGUGUGGUACGACCAGGCCUCCUACCCCACGUCCUGGCAGCUGGACCCAACGGAGGGGCCCAAUCGGGAACGCCGGCGUCUGCAGAGGUGCUACCUCACCAUCCCGAAUAAGUACCUGCUCAAAGACCGGAGGAAACCAGAGGAGCCUGAGCAGGCCCCCCUGUCCUUCCUGUUUGAGGACAAAACGCACUCGUCCUUCUCCUCCACCGUGAAGGACAAGGCCACCAGCGAGCCAAUCAGGUUCACCCGGAGGUGCAUCAGCGUGGCCCCCUCCAGAGAGACCGCAGGAGAGCUGCUGCUCGGAAAGUCAGGGAUGUAUUUUGUUGAAGACAAUGCCCGCUGA